CUUAUCCGUGCUACCAACGACAAGCUCGAGCCGAACCCGUGGCUCCAGCGGGUAGGAUGGGCAGAGCAUCUAAGUGGACUACGCAUCAGCCAGCUCUACGAAACCACCGGCCUAAUCCAGGAGGCCGUGGAGGACGUGCUCCAUAUGAUGUGGACUUCGGUCAACGAGGUCUUGGAGUACGCCAGGGCCAUAUUUACGCCUAAUAAGGUCGGGUACGCCGUAUUAUUCGAGGUCUAG